AUGUCCUCUUGGAAGAAAACAAAUGGUGGCUUGCCACAAGGUACAAAGUUGGGUCCAUUAUUGUUUGCUGUUCUCAUUAAUUCCUUACUCAAAAACUGGCCCAGUAGGAUCAAGUUUGUGGAUGACACCUCAGCCCUAGAGAUUAUACCACGUUUUUCAUCCAGUUUAAUGCCAUUAGUCGUAAAUGAAAGCUCGGACUACGCCUUAGAACGUGGAAUGGAACUAAAUUAUAAGAAAUGCAAACAAAUGUUGAUCAACUUUCUUAAAUAUAAAGGAUCUGAUGAUGAAAACCCGAUCUAUGUUGCAGGUAAACCGGUGGAAACUGUGUCCUCUUUCAAACUCCUAGGUGUAUGGAUAUCAAACGACUUGUCAUGGAAUACUCAUGUCGACAUGGUAUUGAAAAAGGCAAAUUCUCGCUUAUACGCAUUGCGUCUGUUAAAAAAGGCUGGUCUUCAAGCAUCUGACAUCGUCCAAAUAUAUAUUUCAUUCAUCAGAUCCAGAAUUGAAUAUGCAUCCCCUGCAUGGUCGUCAAUACCUAAAUCAUUAUCUGACAUUCUCGAAUCUGUUCAAAAGAGAGCAUUGAGAAUAGCUUAUCCAGAUCUGUUAUAUGAUGAAGCCCUUGAAAUUUCAAACUUACAGUAUCUGAGUACUCGUAGAGACAUCUCUUGCAAGAAAUUCGUCGAAUCUCUGCGACGUGAUGUUUCACCCUACAACCCUUUGACCCAAAUUAUGGAAAUUCGUCCAGGGGUAAAAACUCAUGAUUAUGACUUAAGGAAUGACAGAACGGCCGAACAACCUUUAUGGUCAGAAACCACUGAACGGUUAAAAAACUUCGUGACUAGGAAAUAUUAUUAGAUUUAUAGUUAAUUAACAGUCCUAACUAAAUAAACAUUAUUUUAUAUAAUAUAUAUAUAUGUACAUUUUAAUAUAAAUUUUUAUGCUAUAUUAGUACUCCAUGUAAUUCAGUUUUCCUUUAAAAACUGCAAAUUGGUUUUAAUUAAACAGAUUGAUUGAUUGAUUGUAUCGCGUAUGAAUCUCGCUCAUGUUCUCGGACAGCUCAGGCAAACCUCUCUCAAACUCGAUGCUUUUUCCGAGGGAUUUUCUCAAACUGUCGUAACAAUCUUGCCACUGCAGGUUGUAGUACCAAAAAAUACGAAUACGUUUUUGCUCAUCGUACACAAUACGAUUCUUUUCCAAAAUUUGUUGUACAAAAUAUGUUUUUCCACUUUGGCUCGGUCCCACGACCAAUAGCGAAAAUUUAUGGCGGAAGUUGAAUUCCGGAUAGGGUUUGGUGGUCAGAGAUGCUUGUGCUGUUUUCGGUUUCUUAGUUGGCAACGAGUAUGCCCUUCUGCUCACACGCUUUUCUCCCUGCUUUUCAGAGUUCAUGUACGGAGAUUUGUCGAUGUAGGGCUGCCAUGACGACACCUUGGCUUGCUUAAGAUAAGGUUUUCUCUCCUUCGAUUGUAAACCGUGAACUUGUAAAAGAUGUGUACUGAUAUUCUUCAAAUCAGGCCGACCGCAAAGCGGACAGGUCCGGCGAAAUCGUCUCUGCAUGACUGCUCCGGCAAAUUAUUCAAGUUUGCAUAGAAACACGGUUCUAUGUAUUGUUGCUUUCAGGAAGAGCUUCUGUGAAGCUUCUGUGAAGCUUCUGUAAAGCUUCUGUGAAGCUUCUGUGAAGCUUCUGUGAAGCUUCUGUGAAGCUUCUGUAAAGCUUCUGUGAAAUGAGCGAGAUUCAUACGCGGUACAACAACAUCAUCAUACUGGACGAUCUGAUGGCUGAAGCGACAGACAGUCCUGUGGUAUCUCGCUCGCUUCACAGAAGCUUCACAGAAGCUUCACAGAAGCUUCACAGAAGCUUUACAGAAGCUUUACAGAAGCUUCACAGAAGCUUCACAGAAGCUUCACAGAAGCUUUACAGAAGCUUUACAGAAGCUUCACAGAAGCUCUUCCUGAAAGCAACAAUACAUAGAACCGUGUUUCUAUGCAAACUUGAAUCAUUUGCCGGAGCAGUCAUGCAGAGACGAUUUCGCCGGACCUGUCCGCUUUGCGGUCGGCCUGAUUUGAAGAAUAUCAGUACACAUCUUUUACAAGUUUACGGUUUACAAUCGAAGGAGAGAAAACCUUAUCUUAAACAAGCCAAGGUGUCGUCAUGGCAGCCCUACAUCGACAAAUCUCCGUACAUGAACUCUGAAAAGCAGGGAGAAAAGCGUGUGAGCAGAAGGGCAUACUCGUUGCCAACUAAGAAACCGAAAACAGCACAAGCAUCUAUGACCACCAAACCCUAUCCGGAAUUCAACUUCCGCCAUAAAUUUUCGCUAUUGGUCGUGGGUCCGAGCCAAAGUGGAAAAACAUAUUUUGUACAACAAAUUUUGGAAAAGAAUCGUAUCGUGUACGAUGAGCAAAAACGUAUUCGUAUUUUUUGGUACUACAACCAGUGGCAAGAUUGUUACGACAGUUUGAGAAUAUCGAAUGAUAUCUUAGGAUAUCAAUAUCUUAGGAUAUCAGUAUCUUAGGAUAUCAGUAUCUUAGGAUAUCAGUAUCUUAGGAUAUCAGUAUCUUAGGAUAUCAGUAUCUUAGGAUAUCAGUAUCUUAGGAUAUCAGUAUCUUAGGAUAUCAAUAUCUUAGGAUAUCAGUAUCUUAGGAUAUCAAUAUCUUAGGAUAUCAUUCGAUAUCUUAGGAUAUCAUACAGUAUCUUAGGAUAUCAAUAUCUUAGGAUAUCAGUAUCUUAGGAUAUCAGUAUCUUAGGAUAUCAGUAUCUUAGGAUAUCAGUAUCUUAGGAUAUCAGUAUCUUAGGAUAUCAGUAUCUUAGGAUAUCAGUAUCUUAGGAUAUCAGUAUCUUAGGAUAUCAGUAUCUUAGGAUAUCAGUAUCUUAGGAUAUCAAUAUCUUAGGAUAUCAUUCGAUAUCUUAGGAUAUCAUACAGUAUCUUAGGAUAUCAAUAUCUUAGGAUAUCAGUAUCUUAGGAUAUCAGUAUCUUAGGAUAUCAGUAUCUUAGGAUAUCAAUAUCUUUCAGUAUCUUAGGAUAUCAAUAUCUUAGCUGGGAUAUAGGAUAUCAUACAGUAUCUUAGGAUAUCAGUAUCUUAGGAUAUCAAUAUCUUAGGAUAUCAAUAUCUUAGGAUAUCAAUAUCUUAGGAUAUCAGUAUCUUAGGAUAUCAAUAUCUUAGGAUAUCAGUAUCUUAGGAUAUCAGUAUCUUAGGAUAUCAUUCGAUAUCUUAGGCUAUCCCCAGAAGAUAAGCAAGAAUCACCUAGACGUUACGCUCUUAAAAGUAGACCGUACUAAAUUUUGUUAAAACAUUUUGAAGAAAUAAUUGUAAUUAGGAUAUCAGUAUCUUAGGAUAUCAUACAGUAUCUUAGGAUAUCAGUAUCUUAGGAUAUCAGUAUCUUAGGAUAUCAGUAUCUUAGGAUAUCAGUAUCUUAGGAUAUCAAUAUCUUUCAGUAUCUUAGGAUAUCAAUAUCUUAGCUGGGAUAUAGGAUAUCAUACAGUAUCUUAGGAUAUCAGUAUCUUAGGAUAUCAAUAUCUUAGGAUAUCAAUAUCUUAGGAUAUCAAUAUCUUAGGAUAUCAGUUUUCUUAGGAUAUCAAUAUCUUAGGAUAUCAAUAUCUUAGGAUAUCAGUAUCUUAGGAUAUCAGUAUCUUAGGAUAUCAAUAUCUUGGGAUAUCAGUAUCGUAGGAUAUCAAUAUCUUAGGAUAUCAGUAUCUUAGGAUAUCAAUAUCUUAGGAUAUCAGUAUCUUAGGAUAUCAGUAUCUUAGGAUAUCAUUCGAUAUCUUAGGCUAUCCCCAGAAGAUAAGCAAGAAUCACCUAGACGUUACGCUCUUAAAAGUAGACCGUACUAAAUUUUGUUAAAACAUUUUGAAGAAAUAAUUGUAAUUAGGAUAUCAGUAUCUUAGGAUAUCAUACAGUAUCUUAGGAUAUCAGUAUCUUAGGAUAUCAGUAUCUUAGGAUAUCAGUAUCUUAGGAUAUCAGUAUCUUAGGAUAUCAAUAUCUUUCAGUAUCUUAGGAUAUCAAUAUCUUAGCUGGGAUAUAGGAUAUCAUAAGUAUCUUAGGAUAUCAGUAUCUUAGGAUAUCAAUAUCUUAGGAUAUCAAUAUCUUAGGAUAUCAGUAUCUUAGGAUAUCAGUAUCUUAGGAUAUCAAUAUCUUAGGAUAUCAAUAUCUUAGGAUAUCAGUAUCUUAGGAUAUCAAUAUCUUAGGAUAUCAGUAUCUUAGGAUAUCAAUAUCUUAGGAUAUCAGUAUCUUAGGAUAUCAUUCGAUAUCUUAGGCUAUCCCCAGAAGAUAAGCAAGAAUCACCUAGACGUUACGCUCUUAAAAGUAGACCGUACUAAAUUUUGUUAAAACAUUUUGAAGAAAUAAUUGUAAAACUGAAAUCUUGUGUAAAUUUGUGCCUGCAAAGCCCGCUUUUCCAUCCGCGCGACCCGCCCACCUGAUUGGUGUACAAUAUUUUGUACAUUAAUAUAUGCAUGCACCCAAGCGUCGCUAAUGACUUAGCAACGCAUAACAACGCAACAUUUGCAAAGUUUAAAACAUGUUUAUUGAUACAACUAACAGACGAUAGUGUCAAACAAUAGUGUCAAAAAACAUUACAACUGUUGUAAAAGUUUUUUCUCCAAGAAUCCUUGAUAAGCUUUCUUAUGAUCUGAUUCGGUCAUCUUAGGUAGAAGAUUUGCUAAAUAACGCUGAACAACAUGCAAAUAUUGGCCUAUUGGUUAACAACGACGUUGACAACCCGGGAUUAGCAACUGUUUAGUUCUGUUUAAAAUAUGUCUUGAUUUUUGUGACGAAUAGAUUUCUCGCUAUAAUUUUGUAAACAUACGAAAAAUUCUUCAAUAUACUUGUGGAAAUUUAUCUCUUCCGAGCAAAGGUACGGCUAUAACUCUGCUAUAUAUUAAUUUCGAUAACAAUUUUGCCAUGUGAGAGACUCGAGCUAUUCAUAGUAGGCCAAGAUUAAUCCCUCUAUUUCGUCAUAACCUUGUAAAACUAUCGUUUUCAUUUUUCGCAGUCGCAGAGGCAGUACUGACUAAAUACUAUGCUUCGAACGGACCCGCUCCGAGCCAGGCUCCGAGCUAAUUAGACUAUAUGCUUCGCUGUAAGCUUUCAAAGUGUCCGGUUAUUUUAAAUCUUGCGAGCUGGGCUUGAACCAACAACCUAAGGAACUACAGUCCUCCGCUCUACCAACUGAGCUAUCGCAAGAGCAUGUUUUAGUCAUGCGAAAAAACAAUCAAAAUACAUGCGUUUUAGUCGCGCUAUCCCUAACAUCUGACCCAGGCCUGUCCGCGCUAAUUGGUUGCCUGUCCCAUUUGGCCCAGACCUGCCCGCGUUAAUUGGUCGCGCUACCCGUCACAGUUGGUCCAGGGUUAGGGUUAGGGCCAGCAAAGUUGCGUCACAUAUCUUGCAUACUAAUUACUUCCGACACCUAAGUUUGCAUACUAAUUACUUCCGCCGCCAGAGGGGGGGGGCUUUACUACUUUCAUAUUACAUUUCGUGUUCAAUAUAUUCUUGAUAAGUUUAUUUACUGAAUUGUUAUUUUAUUUAGAAAGUUGAAGAAUUGAAACUCGAGAUUGAAGAAAUGAAAUCAGAAGUUACAAAUGUUGAACAACAGGUACUUGGAAACGAUCUAAAAAGUUAAUUAAAGUUCAGUUUUACUUAGUUUUAUCAAACCCAAGGUUCAUCUGCUUUAACAAUGCCAAUGGGUUCGAUUGCGGUUGAGACAAUCAAAAACAAUAUUAAAAGUCUCGUCGGCGAAUACCAAGGUUUUAUAGCAUGUUCAAAUACUAACAACGACCACAAAUGCUUAAAAAUAAAACAACUUUAUUGUUUACAACGUUUCGGAGUGUUACUCCAUCUUCAGGUAAUAAAGAUUGCCAUUUUUUUAAAACAUAUACUCCGGCAAUCUUUAUUACCUGAAGAUGGAGUAACACUCCGAAACGUGUUGUAAACAAUAAAGUUGUUUUAUUUUUAAGCAUUUGUGGUCGUUGUUAAUUCCAAGAAAUAAUACAAAAUGAGGCUUAGAGACAGUUCGAUACUAAAAUUAUUAAUGUUCAAAUAUGUUUAAUAAACACAUGGACUAUAAUUUUAUUAUAUUAGAUUGCCAGCACAGAUGAAGUUAUAACAGGAUUAGAAAAGCAAAUUGAAGAGCUGGUAGGAGUGGCUGAAAAUUCAAAGGUGCGUUUUAUGUGUUGGACUAUACGAGACUUUUCAAUUAAUUUUUAUAAUAAUGCUAUAUUCACAGUAUAUCUACAUAGGCACAGCACUUCUUCAUCUGUGAGGUUUAAAAUAUAAAAUACAAAACACAUAAGAAUUGUACAAUAAAAAUUUUAAAUACAUUAUAUCCGUUAAACUGCAUCGGGAUCGCAGGGCCGCAUGCAGGUCAUUCCUGCCAGCUGGAGGGCCUAUAUAGUUGCAUUUUUCACAGUUGCUCCUGGUUAGGUGAACUCGUUUGCUGGAAACAUUGCUUUAAAAACAGAGCUAUAGAUAUUAAUGUGCAAUGUGAUAUUUUAGGAAUUUCCCAGUUUGAAGGUUUUUGGUGUUGAAGCUACAGUAAGCAUUGUUUUGUCCUUCAAAUGUUAUCUUAUAACAACCCAUUGUUUUCUUGUUUACUGCUGUAACGGUUAAGUAAGAGCUCAAGGAGUGUGGGUCAGGAAGGGCAAAACUAUACUCUCAUGUUAAUUGUUAAAUAUACCUCGACGUUUUUCAUUUUAGAAAGCAUGUGUUGAAGCAGACGAAAACCUGAAGGAACAAAAGAAAACACUACGAGCUUGUAACGAGGUAUUCGCUUGUGAAAUAUGAUUUUUCAUCUGAAGUAAAAUACUGGAAUGAAGACCUUUGUUAGCCCGUCAAAAUCCCACAUCAGUACUCUCAAGUUUCAAAAAUCUGGCUACUGAAAUCUAAAACUGCUGAAGACAUUCUUCAUGGAGGUUUUCACACUUUCCGUUUCGAGGGGUUCCCCGAUCACUCAUUAUGACUUAAAUCAUCGCAUAUAAGGACUCCAAUCAUACAUAGACUCAUUUUGGGGCAUGUCUACUGAAUUUUGCAUUAUUUUAAAUUUCUGUAGGCAAUUAAUACAAAAAUCUCGAACAGAAAAGAAAUGGAGAAUGAAAACAAUGAUAAUAUGAUCAAGGUGAAAGAGCUGGACCAUAAAAUGGUGAAAUUUCAAAAAGACAGUAAAGAUGCAGCACACAAGGUUCGGUAUCGUUUGUUAUUCUUUGCAGGGUUUGUUCGCCCCGGGGAAAUCUUGGAUUUUUAUUUUAGUCCUGGAAACGCCUUACAAAAUCCUGGGAUUUCAAAGUAAUGCCCGAAAACCCUGGAACCUAAACUUGUGUGUAAGACACUUGAAGAAUUAAACGUUCUGUUUAAAUACGAUUGUCAAGGAUGACAACGACUGAUCUAUAUAGCGUAAGUUGGAUCAUAUUACGAGCUUCGAAUUGAAGAUAUUGUUUUGUGUGCACUUCAUAAGCAAAUUUGAGAGUGCUUAUUGGUUAAUUUAAACAUUACAAGAGAUUGGUUUGUAUAAAAUACAAUAAAACGAUGGAAAUACAACAACAUAUGCAUAAGUUUUAUUGUAGUUCCAUCGAGGUUCUAAUCCUUGUGUUACAGUUCAUCACAGGUAUGAAUUUCUAAUCGUUUUAUCUAUCGAAUAUUAAAACUUUCCGAUGUGUUUUAGGUUGAGAGAAUGAUUGCUGAAUACCAGUGGAUUGACAGUGAACGACAAUUCUUUGGUCAACCUAACACAGCUUAUGACUUUGCUGCUAAUGAUACAAGUAUGUCCGAGGUUUCACGAAGAUUGGCCAAACUGCAGGAAACUAAAGAUAAACUGGGUAAAAAUGUCAACAUGAGAGCAAUGAAUAUGUUGGGAAAAGCUGAAGAGAAAGUGAGUGCGUUUUGAUAGUUAUUUUAACGUUAUGAUGUACAGUGUAGUUUAGAUGUCUCGUUAUCUCCAUGCGUGUAUAAACUAUUCUGAUAGGUACUGUAUAUAUUCAGAAUGCGCAUGCAUUCUUUUUUAAAAAUACCCCAAAAGUAAUGCAGUAACCAGCCAUUACCAGGCUUUCCUUAACAUAUGGUAAUAUGAUUUGUUAAACUCUGACAUAUUCACAAAUAUUAUAAACCACUUAUCGAUUCUUCUAUACUCUCGAUAUUACGUUGUAGUAUAACGACUUAAUGAAAAAGAAGAGUAUUGUAGAGAAUGACAAAGCAAAGAUUGAACAAGUUAUUGCUGAACUUGAUGAAAAGAAAAAUGAAGCAUUAAAGAAAGCUUUUGAAAGAGUUAAUAUAGUAAGUAAUCACGCUAUUGCUUCUUCCCCUUUAGGGCCGGUUGUUCAAAGCUGGAUUAGCUCCCCGCUGUGGUUUGGGUAUUUCUGCAUGUUUGUUUGAAACAUUUUGAAAAUAAAAAGUCUAUUCAUCCAGAUACGAUUUCUAAACUAUAUUUCUUGUUAACUAUCUCCAUGUUUAUAAGCAAACUGUUGGAGAGAUUGCUUUGUAGUUUUUCGUUAACCCAGGAUUAAAGGCGGAUCUCCACUAGACAAUUUUUGAGACAAUUUGUAUGAUGAUCGUCAUAAAAAUUUGCGACGAUUUAGAAAGAAGUGGAGAUGUACUAGCAGCAAGAAAAAAAAAGCGCGGGGUAAACAACAAAAAUUUGGCGAUCGUCUGGCGCUCGACGAAAAUUAGAAGCAGGGCGCUUAUAUAAGCGCCCUGAUUAGAAGUCAGUCCUACUUUUCGUCGAGCGCUAGACGAUCACUCUUCGAACAUUUUUUUCAGUUGCGCAUGUGUCGUCGCGAAUUGUUUUGACGAUCGUCUCAAAAAUCGUCUAGUGGAGAUCCGCCUGAAGCUAGCCGGCUUUCGAACAACCGGCUCAAGGGUAACUGUAUGUGCCGCCGUUAUAAUUAUUGUGAUGUAAUUACUUCUCUAUUUUGUGUAAAGAAUGUAUCAACGUGUCACUAACUCAUGUACACCGUAGGAUUUUGGAUCUAUAUUCUCGACACUACUCCCUGGUACAUCAGCUAAACUUGCUCCUCCUGAAGGACAGACCGUGCUUGAUGGACUGGAAGUAAAAGUUGCUUUUGGUUCUGUUUGGAAAGAAAGUCUAGGAGAGCUCAGUGGAGGACAAAGGCAAGUUUUUAUCAUUCACGGUUCAUUCAUGUAACUGUACAUUAACAGGAUAUUGUUUGGCACUGAGAACUUCUGUCUUGCUACGCCAAGAUGACAUAAAUGCAAUAAAUACCAAAAUUCGUCCGAAUAGGCUUAACUACCAUGUUUAUGCCCAUUGCUUCCCAAUUCAUAUUUUUGGAUACGUGUCAUGCCUAGAUACCAUUUUUCUUCUCAUGUAAGCAUACAAAGCAUUUAAAUUAUAUAUGUGGCAUGAGUGGAUUGGAUCUUCUCUUUAGGAAAUAUCAAAAUUUAUUUUUCGUUCAGUCAAUUUGUUGGCAAGUAAAAAUAACAAGCGAACAUUUUCUGUUUGUCAUCACUCUAGAUCUUUGGUAGCUUUGUCUCUUAUCCUGGCAAUGUUGUUAUUUAAACCCGCUCCAUUGUAUAUUUUGGACGAAGUUGAUGCUGCCUUGGAUCUUUCACAUACUCAGAAUAUCGGUCAAAUGUUGAAAACCCACUUUAAACACUCGCAGUUUAUUGUAGUAUCAUUGAAGGAUGGUAUGUUCAACAAUGCUAAUGUGUUGUUCAAGACAAAAUUCGUGGAUGGUGUAUCUACAGUAACGAGAUACGCACAGAACCCUUCACAUCAUACGGCACAGAGGGAUACUGGUCGAAAAGCUCAGCCUACAACUGACAGAAGUAAGAAACGACGAGUUGAGUCAGGCUCUACUCACACAUUAUCUGUGAAAUAACAAUAGUAUAAAAAUGACAGUGUGGGAAACAAAUAUAUGUAUAUAGUUCUCCGUUCAUAAUGAUUAUCCGUGAUACUGGUGUAGAGAAACUCGUAAAUUACCGAGUCCACCACGAGUAUUAAUUUGUAAUUUGUACAAUCUCUUGCAAUUCAUGUUUGCUGAAGGUCAGCAUGAUCACGUACAUUUUUUUCGACUAACUUUGCCAAAUGGGAAGUGGUGAAAAAAAUUGAUUACAGUCGCCUGCUCCUAUUAGUAAAAUAAAUAAGUUAUGUAAAUGUGUUUUUCAUAUGCGCUACUUAAUUUAAAUUUCGUAUUAUUUUUUCUAGUUUUCUAAUUUUUUGAAUAAAAACUUAUAUAUAGGC